AUGGCUCUAGUCCUUCUUUCACAACUAGUGCACUUAUGAAGAGCAUUCAUUGUUUCAAUAUUUAGAUAAUAAUUGUUGGCCCCAUUAAGUAUGAACCACUUGGCCCCAUUAAGUAUGAACCACUUCAUGGUUUGAGCACGAAAUUAGACUCCUAACUCGAUCGAUAAGUCACCUUAACCUUGAAGAGUUAAGUCUCUUUUCUUCGCAUGUGUGCGUCUUAAACAACUAUGCCAAUCCCUAUAAAUAAGGCCCCCGAGAAACUAAGUAGACGCACCACAAACUAACUCGACUGUUUUGGGCUUCUUCCCUUCUCUGUUCCUAACUCCAAGGAAAGAGAGGAAGAGAGAAGCUCUUAGUGGAUCGAAGAUGUUGGUCAUCACCAUCGAAAACCCUGCUCUUACAGCGGCAGGCCUUCUAGGCAAUUUUCUAUCUGCAAUGGUGGUGCUGGCCCCUGUGUCGACCUUCUAUAGGAUCUGCAAGAAGAAGUCUACCGAAUCUUUCCAAUCAGUGCCAUAUGUGGUCGGGCUAUUCAGCGCGACGAUGUGGGUCUACUAUGGUCUCCUCACUUCAGAUGUGCUGCUGCUCACCAUCAACAUUGCCGUUUGCUUCAUCGAAGUCAUCUACCUCUUCAUCUUUCUUCUUUAUGCUCCACCAAAGUCCAGGAUAUAUACGACGAAGCUGAUAGCAUUGAUCAAUGUGGGGGUCUUCGGUUGCCUAAUUCUCGUAAGCAACCUCUUCAUCAAGGAGAGCAAAAGAGCUCGUAUUACGGGAGGGAUAUGUGCUUCGUUCGCAGUCAGUGUCUUCGGGGCUCCUCUCAGUAUCAUAAGGCAUGUAAUAAGAACCAAAAGCGUGGAGUACAUGCCAUUCUCGCUGUCCUUCUUCCUCACACUGUCCGCAAUAGCAUGGCUCAGCUAUGGGGUCCUUCUCAAGGACCCAUUUGUCGCGGUGCCAAAUGUGUUUGGGUUCCUGUUGGGGAUCACCCAAAUCAUCGUAUACUUGAUCUACAUGAACUAUAAUAAGAAGGAUGAUAUUGAUGCAAAGAUAGGUAGCCAAGAGCUCCCCGAGAAGAAGAGCAACCCGGAAGGCGAGGCGUGUGAGUGUGGUCAAAUGGCAGAAGUCUAGGACCGAGGAGGAAGAAGAAGAAGGUUCAAAUGUCAUUCAAUCCAACGACGAUGAUCAUGAACUCUCUAUAGUUUAACUUUUAAUUUACGAAUCGAAUUUAGGGAAUGAUAUUUACCUAUUACCUAUGUGUUGUCGUUCUAAUAACAGGCACUCUGUUGUUGCCUGAUAGAUUGGGGGGGAGUAUAUAGGAUGAGUGCUAUUUUAUUAUGUAUUGUGGUGUUAUUGUAUCCAUGUGGUUAUCGAUCAUCGAUCGACUUUAACUUUUAUCACUCGAGGUGCGUUUGGUUCA